UUGUUCAGUUCGUUACCACUUUACAACAAGCCGCUAUGCUUACAAUCAAAGUUGACGGCGGAGCAAGACAUUGACAAGGUAUCACUUCUGUUUCACAACAAAGUGUGCGUGCUGUUGUACUGAAGCGUGUGUUCAUCAAUGCUAAUAUACAGGAUGUCUUUUACAUGAACACUUUAGUCAUUUAGCAGUAGCUCUCAUCCAGGGCAACUUACAAUAGUGGCUUUGUAGAUUUUUCAUAAUUUUGUGUCCACCUGUGGGAGCUGAAUAAAUCCAGGUGUUUGUGAGCUCCACGCUCAUGCCAAGCGAGCCACAUUGGACCCCAAGUAUGGGUGUCAAACUUGUACUUGCCUUUACUCAGAACACACCAAUAUCAGGUAAGAUGCUGAGUGUGUCCACUCCAACCCAGAUUACCCCUGGCGGAGAGGACAGUUCUGAAUCGGACCGGGGCUCAGAGGUCGGAGUUCCACUUCCAGCCACCGAGACGGACCGCUUUGGCUUCAUCCUUGGAAAUGGAUCUACUGCCAGUGGAAUCAGGAGUGAAGGCCCGCCACCGGAGCUUGUCAGACAGAGAGAGGCAAAGUGGAUCAGCAUCAUCAGCCAAUGGGAUCGUGUCUUACUAAAGAAGUCCAGUAAGAUCAAAGAGCAGUGUCAGAAGGGUAUCCCAGCAUCCCUCAGGGCUAAAUGCUGGCCACUGCUGAGUGGUGCUACGGACAGAAUGCGCCUCAACAAGGACCUCUACCAGACCUUGGACUCCAGGCCCGCACUGCAGAGCUGGGUUGACAUUAUAGAGAGAGACCUGGAUCGCCAGUUCCCCUUCCAUGAGAUGUUCCUCUCUAGAGACGGCCACGGGCAGCGCGGUCUGUUCCGUGUGCUGAAGGCCUUCACUCAGCUCCGGCCGGAGGAGGGGUACUGCCAGGCCCAGGGGCCUGUGGCCGCCGUGCUGCUCAUGAACAUGCCGACCGAGGAAGCAUUCUGGUGCCUGGUACAGAUUAGUGAGCUGUACCUCCCUGGUUACUACAGCCCCCUACUGGAGGGUGUUCUUUUUGAUGCGGCCAUGCUAACCUGGGUGCUGAAAAAGAUGUGUCCCGCAGCCCACAAGCACAUGCAGAGACAUGAGGUGGACCCUUUGAUGUUCGCCACCGACUGGCUGAUGUGUCUGUUCACACGCCACCUGCCCUUCAACACCCUCCUCCGAGUCUGGGACCUCUUCUUCUGCUACGGAGUGCGCGUGUUAUUCCAGGUGGCAGUGGUCUUAGUGCGCAGGGCUCUGGGCCGGGUGGAGCAUAGGGAGGAGUGCGACGGACAGAUGGAGACCCUGGAGAGGCUGAGGGGAGUGAAGGAGCAUGUACUGCUGGAUGACGACGCCUUCAUCGCAGAGGUGUGUUCUGUCCCGCUGUCUGGUAAGGAUCUGGACAAGCAGACCGAGAAAGAGCUGGAGAAGUGGCGGAAGGAGCGUCCCGCUUCCACCUUUGACCCCCGGGGUCGUUGCCACGGAUAUCGGACGGUGUGGGCAAGGGCUCGAGAGAGGGAGGAGAGGAAUAAGAAGCAGAGGGAGAAAGUGAACAUGUCUCUCCACAUCAAUCGCUCUCCUUCCACCCUCUCCCUCUCUCCCUCAGUCUUCCGCAAGAGGCAGAAGAGGGGGAGCAAGUCAGAUCCUUACGAGGGGGAGGGGGGAUGCAGAGGGGUGAGCGAAGUCCCAGAGGAGGUGUGGGAGGAGCAGAGGGAUGGAGGGAUUUUCAGGAGAGCGAGUGAGACGGGUGAAGGUCCAUCCAGGACCCAGGGUGUUCCACCAACACCAAAGGACAGGGUACCGUUCAAACCCAAAGGACAAGAGGCCCGGACCCAAGACUCAGAUCCACGCCAGGAGCUCACCUCUCAGCGUCAGCGAAAGAACCAGGGUCAAACAUUCCGGGCCCCGGAGGCACAGGACACCAGCCACAGCCAGGACAAUGUGGAGACACAGGAAAUACUGAACACACAGUCAACAGGGAGGGCAAACGUGAUUACUGAGCACAUGGUUACAGAGACACCGGGUGAGGAAGAGGAAAGUGAGGAGGUAGAGGAGGCGGCAAAGACACGUGACAAAACACUGACAGACAAACACACACGUCAAGACAUCCAGACACAUGCAGAACCCAAGAGAGCGGGAGACAUGGAGACAGAAAAAACUAGCGAAAUACUCACAGAUGAAAGUGCAGAGACAGGGAUGGCCACUGACGCUAAACAAGGGGCCGACACAAACACAGGGUCACUGACAGGGAGACACACAGAGACUGACACACAAUCACUGACAGGGAGACACACAGAGACUGACACACGAUCACUGACAGGGAGACACACAGAGACUGACACAGCGACAGAUACAGACAAGGAGGUAGAGGCCGGUAUAGAGGUUCAGUUGCAAACAGGCGCAGAAACCGAGACAUGCGCAGAUACAAAAUCAGAGGUAGAGAGACCAGAUGAAGCAGAGGUUUAUCCAGAAGCGGAGACCCUGGGAGAAUGUGAUUCCACCAUCCACAUAGAUGCUGACACGCUAGCAGAGGCCGAAACAGACUCUGGAUCACAGAUGGAAGCAGUCAAAAACACAGAGGGACCUGUAAACACAGAGGUCGGGACAGAGGGACCUGUACACAAAGAGGAAGAGGGACCUGCAAACAAAGAGGAAGAGGGACCUGUACACAAAGAGGAAGAGGGACCUGUAAACACAGAGGUAGAGACAGAGGGACCUGUAAACACAGAGGUAGAGACAGAGGGACCUGUAAACCAAGGGGUAGAGGGACCUGUAAACCAAGGGGUAGAGGGACCUGUAAACCAAGGGGUAGAGGGACCUGUAAACCAAGGGGUAGAGGGACCUGUAAACCAAGGGGUAGAGGGACCUGUAAACAAACGUGUAGAGGGACCUGUAAACAAACGUGUAGAGGGACCUGUAAACAAACGUGUAGAGGGACCUGUAAACCAAGGGGUAGAGGGACCUGUAAACACAGAGACAGAGGUACCUGUAAACACAGAGACAGAGGUACCUGUAAACACAGAGACAGAGGUACCUGUAAACACAGAGGCAGAGGUACCUGUAAACACAGAGGCAGAGGUACCUGUAAACACAGAGGCAGAGGUACCUGUAAACACAGAGGCAGAGGUACCUGUAAACACAGAGGCAGAGCCUGAGGUGGAAGGGGACUCGCCAGACGGACCGGGCCAAGAAAAGACAGCGACUGAUGAACCCCAGGGUCCCGUCACCAUGCCUCCAGGGUUGUGUCAGGACGCCAGCGAGAGUGAGGAAGCCAGGGAGGACGUAUUCCCACUCCCCUCCCAGGAAGUCUCCGCUGACAUCAUCACAGCGUUACAACCGGGGGAACCACUGAGGGCUGACAUCUCUCACAUACCUGGCAACAAGGCGUCCGAACGUGGCAAGAGUGACUCCCCUCUUGUAGAACCAAAGGCUGACUCUGGCAGCUCGGUGGCCGCGCCAGCCGACGCUUCGUCCAGACGGACACUGCCCGGCGACGGGCCGUGGGCGGUCCCGGCCGGAGAUUUCCGGCUCCGAAAGUCGUCAAGCUCCCGGAGGCACACGCGGAAGCUGUCCGCAGAGCUCUUCACCGACCCCAACCAAUCACAACCCGCCUCCAACCAAUCACAACCCGCCUCCAACCAAUCACAACCCGCCUCCAACCAAUCAAAUGCAAGCCUUGUCGCGUCAGGCCAAACGCAAGCUACUCCCUCGGCUCCCGUUCAGGCAGCCGUGCCCCCAGAAUCGCCCCGAAGGGUGACAGGGACCACCUCGACUCCUCCCCCACCUCAGGCUGGGCUGAAACCAGACAGGGAGCCCCCCAACACCCCACGGAGAUUUGGCCUAUUCCGCCUGCUCAGAGGGGAGCAGCCUAAACACGACCGGGCCAAAGUAGAACCUAAAGUCCCGGUUCCACACAUCCUGAUCCAGGACUUCAGUGAUGGUGUGGGCGACGGGUGCACGCGGCUCAAAGACAUUUGGUUCCAAAAGAAACUCUACUCCGUCCACGGAGGCGUACUUUUAAAAAGGAAUGAGGUGAACGAAGAUUAA